ACUUUAGGCUCGAAACAUCAUCGGGAUCCAUUAUUACCACGCCAAGCUCAUCGACAUACGGCCCAUACGGCAGGUGUAAGCUGGAGACUAUUGUCUCACCUUGCGAUUUGAGAUCCCAAAUCCUCGCCAAGAGGAGUCCGUGGGUACAAUGUCAGUGGUAUGCGGUCCGUUCGUGAUGAGCCGAAGGUAGUAAGGUAUGGUGCACAGCCCGGAGGCAGACUUAGAUUCACGGACGAGAACGAUUAUAUCCCCCCGAUCAUUGCAUCCCCCGAAUCGAGAACCAGAGACAUCCAUCCGGGUUCAGGUAUUUCAAGAUGCGUUCUACUACAUUCGCUUUGGCCGCCAUUGCUGGUUUGGCUGCUGCCUCUCCUAUGCCCCAGGACCUUGACUUUGCUCUUCUGGACGCCGCUCCUGAGGUUGCUACUGGACCCACUGGUAUCGAGGUUGUCGACGAGGCUUCCAUUGCUACCACCGUCGCCGUUAGCACAGUUGCUACUGCCAGCUCCACUGCCACCAGCGCUGCUAAGCGUGACCUUGAGAAGCGUACUUUCGGUCUUUUCAACCCCUUCUACUUCUACAAGGGUCUCGAGUGCGAGAUCUUCCACAACUGCGGCAACAAGGGUAGCUCCCAGGGUGGCUGGGGAUGCGGCAAGCCCACUGAGACCAAGGCUACCUGGUCUUUGAUCACUACCUCUGCCCCUCCCACACACAUUCCCGCCUACUCGGCUACCACGCCCUCAGGAUACGGCACCACAUCUGCCGCCUCUUCAUCAUCUUCUGCGGCUGUUUCGACCUCCAGCUCGGUCCCUACCACUACUCAGGCGCCUUCCACCACCGCUGAUGCCAACGCCCCCUGCCCUACCACCCCUGAGGAUGGUACUUACUGUGGUUUCAUCAACCCCGAGGAUGCUUGCGCUCCUCAGCCCGGAGGCUACGGUCCCCAGGUCCAGCCCGACACUGUCGACGCUUUCCUGGCUUACGCUCCCUUCCACUCCAUGGCAUCUGCUGCCCCCAGUGUUGUUCCCAGCUCUGACAAGACUCAGUACACUCAGGUCUUCAAGGACUUGGACGCUGCUGUCUCUGCCAACUCCUACAUUGGUCUUUACACUUUGACCUCCUACAAUGCUCAGGAGUGCGCUGCCAAGUGCGACGACACUGAUCUCUGCACGUCGUUCAACAUUUACAUUGAGCGCGAUCCCAGCCUUGCUCCCGCCAACAACGAUAACACCACAUACACUCCCUGGUCUACUUACUGCCCCAACCCCUCGUCCAUCACCAACUACAAGUGUACCCUGUGGGGCUCAUCGCUUUCUGUUGACGUUGCCACCAACAAGGGUGACUACCGUGAGGAGUUCCAGACCGUCAUUACUGGUUCCAACGCCUAUGACAAGACCGAUGUUACCACUCCUACUUGCGAGGUUCCUUCCGUCUCUGCUACUACCUCUGCCACUUCAUCUGCUGUUGCAUCUCCUACCAAGCCUGCCGGUCCUCCCGCCCCUCCCGGUGGCCCCGGCGGUCCUCCCGCUCCUGGACACGGUGGCCCUGCUCCUCCUGCCCCUGGCCACCCCGGUGGUCCUAAGCCCCCAACUCUCCGCCCCGGCCAGAACUGCGGACCCAAGGCCAUCUCAGCCCCCAAGUACCACAUGGGCAGCAAGUUCAUCCCCGGCCCCUUCAACGCUCAAGUCUGCGCCAACUACGCCGUCGAGCAAAACAACUUCAACCGUAACGCCGCCAUCUCGGCCGGCCACAAGAGCUUCACUCCUUGCAAGAUGUUCAACUCAUACUUCUUGCACAAGAACAACAAGCCUUACGGUACUUACUGCUCGCUUUACGGCGCUGCUCUUGACCACAAGAAGUACGCCACUUUCGGCGGCAGUGGUGCUUACAAGACCCACCAGUCUUGGACUUUCGAGUUCGAGUACGAGACUAGCUACUACAGCUGGUAAAUCAUUUCAAGCCUUUUUCCUGAGAUAUGGAAAGCUUCAUUGAUUAUGGAGACGAGUCAAGGAGGAGAGAGAGGAAGGAAGAAAGAG